CGAACUUUUGCGAGUGAUGGAAGACAAGUUGUCUCUUCUCAGACCGUGAGAGACAAAAGUGCUGGGAAAUAACUAAAAAUUAAAUCAGCAAAACUACCGAAUAACGAAUAAAAACAGAAAGUGCGUCGUCGUCCAUUUUGUGUGUGUUGUGCGUGUGUGCGUGUGUCCAUGUCCUUUUGUAUUUCGUAUUUUGGCCCACAACGCAGGACAAUAAUAGCCUAAAUCAACCCGAAACAAAACCGAAAUAAUAAAACAAAAACGCGCGCAAAACCACGACCCCCUCUCCACGCCAAAACAUCUUGUUCUUCUUCUCGAGCGGAAGCAAAACAAAAACAACAGGACAACGCCAAAAGAAAGUAGAAAAGAGAAGCGAAAUAGAAAGAAGCAAGAGGAAGCGACCCCAAAAGCACACACAUAUGAUCUGAACGGCAGGAUAUAACCCCAAAAAAAACGACCAAUCUGCGCAACCAAAAGUCUUAAACCUUCAACUGCUGCUGCAAACCGUAUGACUGAUUUAUCAAGUUGAGCAAACCGUAGCGAUUACCUCCCUAAGUACUUUAUACUAGCUUACAAGCAUAAACAUAGUAUAUAAACCCGCAUUUACGGCCGGAUAUAUAUUACGAAUGGCAAGGCAAUAGAUCCAAAUAUAUGUAUUGGAUUGAUUAUAUCGUAAAAAGCUAGAACUGCUGCAUUUUGAAACUCCCGUAGAUAGUGUCUACACUUUAGCAUAUAUACAUAUAUAUUUAUCUGAUAGAUAGGGAAGAGCAGAGGAGCAGAGAAGGGUCGGAAGAGAGAGAGAGAGGAGCAAGGAAUGCAGCGGUGUCCCUACAUUCAUGAGAUGCGCGAAAGAUUACUGGACCAGCCACGGGAGACACUUCAACUGGAGAACAUGGAGCGGGCCAAUCUGCUCGACAACCGCCAAUCGGCAUCCGAAUCCAACCAGGUCGGCACUGUGGUCAAGCUGCAGGGCGAUGGCUAUCACACGAGUCCUGCACACCAGCGCACUCCACUAGUGCCUCACGAUCUCGGCGAGGACUUCAAUUUGGAUUUCGACGAUGACUUUCCGAUCGACGCCCGACGACCGAAAAAUGCCAAGACAUCGCUGUUCAUCGUGACCAGUCUGGUGUACGCGAUCCUACUGAUCGUCGUCUGCAUUGCAUACGUAAUCAGCGAUGUAACCACCCACCGACUGCCGGUUCUCUACUACGAGACAUUCUUCACAUAUCUCUACGGCGUCAGCAUACUCUUCCUCCUUUACGUCUUCUGUUUCCUGCUGCAGGAGAGCUCUUGCUGCAAUGGCGGCAAUGGUGGCAGCAAACCGAAACCCCAACCCAAGGAGAAGAAGUCGAAGAAAGCCAAAAAUGCCGAUCCGGCCGAUUCGAAGGAUGCGAAGGGCUCUAAGGACUCGGGCAAGGCAGCCAAGGGCGCCGCAUAUCAGGAAGCACCCGUGGAUGCCGAGGUGGCCGUCACCCCAAAGAAUGUGCGCAAGCGCAAGACAACCCAUAGUGACCUGACGCACGGUAGCUUUUUUCUGCGCGUAGGAGCCAUUGCUUUCGGAUUGGGCGCCAUGAUUUAUAUUGGCCUGGAGUUUGGAUCGUUCUUCGAAAUACCCUUCGAUUCGCCAUGCCAUCACAUUCUGAUCGGCGUAAACCCACUGCUCCAAAUGAUAUUCACCUUCAUGCAGAUGUAUUUCAUAUUCAUGAAUGCCCGGACUAGGCCGCCAUUUCAGCUGAACAUCCACCGCUUCAAGGUGAUCGCCCGCUUUGGCCUGAUGCACGUGGUGGCCACCAACAUAUGCGUGUGGAUUCGCACGCUGGUCAAGGAAUCGCUGCUCGAGAUUACGAUCUAUCACCAGAAGAACGAACCGGAGGCGGGAGCCUCCUCCAUUGCCCAUUCGAUACGGCAGCAUGCCCUGCGUCAUGCUGGCACUGUGCUGAGAACUCAUGCGGGACCCAAUAGCGAGUUCGAGGUUCUCGACGGCGAGGACAUUCUGCCCAAGGAUGUGUACAAAAGCGACAAUGUGCUGUCGAAGCUGGUUCGCAAUACAGUGGAUGGUAUUUCCAAGAGUCUGGGAAUGGGUGGUGAUCUAACCAGCACUAGUAGCACCACCUCGACGACGACGAGGGCUCCGUUUACCACUCCGAACUACCAAUGGCACAGCACUACUAUGGCCCGCAAGUUGAAGAAGUUUAUCACCAGCGCCACCACAGCGGCGACCACGGCGGCGGGCGGCAGUGGCACCACCACCACCAGUAGCACCACCAUCUCACCUUCGACCACCACCAGUACCAUUGACCCAUCAUCGAGCACCACCACCACCACCACCACCUUCAGUCCAUUUAGCACCACCACUGCCACGAAUAAUAAUCUCGAGACCAGCAGCGGCCUGCAGCGCCUUCUAUCAUCCAGCGCUAAUCCGCCGAGCCUGGCGCCAGUCGAUGGGUUCGGUUCCGCUGUUACGCCUACUUCCGUUUCCGGUUCGGGAUCCUUUAUGGAUUCCUUCCUGUCCAGCACCUUGAGCCCGGCAAGCAGCACCGAAGGCUCGGCCAGCAUAAUGAACAACCUGUUCGGCCAGCAGGGACCCAUGGAGAAUAGCUUCCAAACGUAUUCGGAUCUGGGCCACGAAGAGGUCACCGGGCUGGUUAGCUUCGAGAAUUUGGAGAGCCUGGACAAUAUCUACCCGGCGGCCCUGUCCUCCAAUAUCGGCACACUCAACUCCACCGCCUGCGGAAGGAUCGAUAUAAUGGGCACCAUUGUCUACGAUUCGGCGCCGUAUCUGUAUCCAUUUAUUAUCGAAUACUCGCUGAUCGGGGCGGUGGUUUUGUAUGUCAUGUGGAAGCAUAUCGGUCGCUAUCCCGGCAGGAUGAACGAUGAGGACUUGGAGCACCGGCUGGAGGUGAUGCUAUCGCGCAGGGCGGUGGCCAUGGCGCAGCAGCAGCGAUCCGGACGCGUUGACUGCGUCGGCUCGUCGAAGGGCCUGUUCUUUGGGCUCCUGCUGCUGGUCGGAGCGCUCAUCUGCCUGAUACUCUUCUUCGUCUUGGUGCGCCAUCAGCAGUUCUCGCUGUUGGCCAUUUACCUCGCCGACGCCAGCCACUGCAUUCUGAUGGCCUUUGCCAUACUGGCCAUUAUAGUUGGAUUUAUCAGGGUCAAGAACCUGAAGUUCCGCUGCGAGGAGCAGUCGAACCUGAACGACAUAUUGCUGCGCAUAUCGGCCUUUGGCCUGUUCACCUACUCGGUGUUCAGCAUCAUCGCCGGCAGCCUGAAGGUCCUGGAGAGCGAGCCGAGCCUGCUGGUGACGACCACCGGGGGCGUGGCCGUCUUCCAGGUGAUCCUGCAGCUGCUCUUCAUCGCCGAUGUGUCCCGCCGCCGCGUCCACCUGCCGGAGCACGAUCGCAGCAAGCCGGGCCGCCAGAUAGUCACCUUCCUUCUCAUCUGCAACGUGGCCAUGUUCGCCAUCUACACAUUCGAAGCUCAAAAAGUAUUCGCCAAUCCUGUAAGUAGAUAUGUUCAGCUGGAGUUCUACGGCUUUGUGCCCUGGUCGAUCAUCCAGCGCAUCACACUGCCCCUGUGCAUAUUCCAUCGAUUCCACAGCGCCGUGACACUCGCCGAGAUCUGGAAGACCACCUACAAGGCACGCCUGGAGUAAGAUGUCUAUAUAGGCCGAUGUGGGAGUUAUGAAAAAAUGCACCAAACCAAAAUGUAGCGAGCCCAGAACGCAAAUAGAAAUCAAGUGAAGAGUUAGUUUCUAAUUACGUAUUAAAAACAUAUAUGCGUACUACAUAUAAUAUACAUAUUAUACAUUAAUGCAGAUAUGAUUAUUAUUUUUUUGUUUGACAACCAAAGCAAAGCGAAACGAAAUGAGAAACGAAACGAACGAACCGAUUUGUUGAUUUUGCCCUGCUUUCCUUUUUUACUUUGUUAACUCGUGGAGGACUUAAGAACUUAAGAACUAAGUCAUAGCGUUUACAGUUUACCCGAAGGAAAACCACGGCACACGUUUUUAAUCUGAGUUACGUAUUUAAUUUUAGUUUUAGUUUAGUUUAACACACUGCAAUAUCUUGUUACUAAAUCGAUGAAUUCAAAUUAAUAUUAAUUUCUUAAUUGUUUAACCCUUAUCCGCUUCGGCAGAAACAGAAACCAAAAAGAAAUCGAUUAAAAAAUUCACAUAACAAAUAAGAUUGAAAUUACUAUAAACCAAAAAACAAAAAAGGUUGUUUACUUUUCGCGUAUUUUUUCGCGACUGUGAAAAGUCAAGAAUCCCGGGAAAAGCGAACAUGAAUGAACACGAACUAAAACACAAAACAGGGACACAAAAAGCAAUGCCAUGAAGAACGCGGCCACAGGAAACGGAAACGAAAGGACUUUCUUAAUAAAUUUGAUCUGACUUUUCCGCAAAACAACCAAUAAACAGUAACAGCCGAAACAACAACAAACUGUGAUGAAUUUAUUUGAUUUACUGGUAUUAUUUAAUUUUAUUUCCGUUUUGUUCUCUCGACUUGAUUUAAUCACUUAACCUCUUUUGUUAUUUUAUUCUCAGCUUCACACUUCACUCACUGAGUCGACGCAACUUUUGUAAGAAUUUAGAAACAAUGGCGAUAAGACAACUUCAUGGCCAAUUGUAAAAACAAAUUCCCCGAAACACCAUAAAAGAAAAACAUAAAAUACGACAAAAAAAAUCAAGAGAAAACUAAGAAAAUUGUGGCAUUUAAUGGCCAAAAAUACAAAAAAAAAAAAAAAACAAACAAUUUUUAAUAUACAUUAUAUAAAAGUUUAUAAAUGUCCAUUUUUUGAUUAUUAGUAGUGAUGUUAAAAAAAAACAUAAUUAACGUAAACAUAAUAAUAUAUGUAUGUAUGUUAUAGCAAAGAAUCGGAUAAACCAAGACAUUCUUAAGCUACACUCGAAGAAAGAAAUCAGAGAACUUGUGAACCAAACGAACAAAAUCUUUCCAAGUGAAUCCCCGCAUUUAUGAAUGAACAUUUUUAGAUAAAGCGAAAUGGAGAAAUCAAGUGGAGUGACAGGAAGAGAAGGGAGAAACCAUUGACAAGCAUCAAUUUGUUUACAGCAAUGUUAAAAAAAAAAAACGAAACGAACAUUUUGAAAGAUAUAUAUGCCACGUAUAUCUAUAAAUAUAUGUAUACUAACCCACCAAAUUCAAAGUAUUUCAACGUUUUAUACAAGGAGACGAUGCGCAAGACAAGAGAUCGGGGCAGCUAACGACCUGUCCCACUCGGAUCCCGAAUCCCGAACCCAAGUUCCUCUACCCCUAUUAACCCGAAAAUCAAAAACCUCAUCCCAAUUACAGCUGCAAUCUAAGUCAGAAAGCAUCAGUUUGCCAAAGACCAAAGAAGAUAAAGACAAAGACGUUACCGAAAGGCGAUAAAUCGAUAAAUUGCGAAUCCGAUUAUAAUCUGUAAUCAUAAUCCAGUCUUCAAGUCUACAUAUAUAUAAUGCAUGUUAACUGUAGACGCUGGUUCAAGCAGUUCAAGAAGAAUACGUAUACAAUACUCGUAAUCCAAUCAAAUGUAAUGUGGUAGCAAAAGCAUAGGUAAGCCAAGUCGAAAAAUCGAACAAACCAUUAAAGUAGCUCAGCACACACACACUCAGUCACUCACACGAUCGAUCACUCAUGGAUCUGGGUAUUCAGUAUUCAGUAUCGAGUAUUCAGUAUUCAGUAUUCGGUGAAUCAUAUAUCCAAACGUUUGCGAAUUAAAUUCAGUUUGAAACUUGUACUUGCGUAGGCUCUUAGACAUUUUACUUGAAUGCAUACGCUUCAUAAGUCACAUACAUACAUAUAUAUAUAUAUAUUUAACUAUACAUAUAUAUAUAUAAAUAUAAAUUUAAAAAAGAAUUGUUUUUUUCCUUAACAUUUAGUUAAACGUAAGAUUGAAUCAUAUUUUACGCCGUACAACCGAACAGAAAAAAAGUGAGCAGAAAGAAAUAUUUAUUAAAUGUUUCAACUAAGUUGUAUAAUUAUAAGUGAGAAUUUACAUAAUGGAAUUAUGUAUCUGUAUCUAAGCCAGACAAAAAAAAAACAAAAAACACUGAAAACAUUUUUGGGAAAGCGGCGAAAGUAAAAAAGAGUUGGGAAUUCGAAUUCGAUUAACGUUAAAAUAUUCAGACAGAAACUUAACGCACAAGAACAAAAGAGAUCAACACCAAAAGCAGCUGCUAAAUCCCAAGAAAACAGAAAACCAAAUACAACAUGAACAAUUUAUAUGCUCGUAAGUAUAUAGACAAUUUCAAUAACUGAUAAAAAUAUAUAUACAAGAAAAAAAGCGAAAUUUACAUGCAAUUCAAAUACAUUUUCCAUAACCGCAUCAACUAAACAACAAUUACAAACGAAUUAAAGUGGAUGAAAACGAUUCGAGGAAUGAAUAUUAUAAAUUAUGGAUGUGCGAACGAAAACGCCACAAAAACCAAAAAUUGUAAGCCAUUUUUUAAUCAUUGUCGCAUUUAAGAUAUGAUAAACGAGAACGAAAUACAAAAUUCAAAAAUUUCUCAGUUCUAAAAACACACGUUCAGAAUCACACUGACAUUCGCUCAAUACAUUGAGUUCAUUGCAUAACGAAUACAAAAAUUGACAUACAUACAACAUAAAAAUGAAGUAAACAAAACAUUUGAUGGUAAACGAACGUACAGAUGACAUACAAGUAAUUUUAAAUUGAAUAAAAACUAGUAUUAAAUAUGUACAACAAAAAA